AUGAUACGUCAGCGACAAAUCCAAUGCUUGAAGCUUCUGGAUAUUUGUCCAUACCGUUCUCGCAAAGAUAUUAAUCCAGAGAGAGUAGAAGGAACCUGCGAGUGGUUUGUCAAGCACAAUCUCUUUCGUGAUUGGGCAGAUUCAGCACGUUCAAGUCUUCUCUGGGUAUCUGCCGACCCGGGAUGUGGGAAAUCCGUUCUUUCUAGAUUCCUAGUAGAUCAUGUCCUCCGCAACGAUCCGAAGCGCGUGGUUUGCUACUUCUUCUUCAAAGAAGAUUUUCCUGACCAAAGGACGGCUGCUGGAGCUAUCUGCUCCAUUCUGCGACAGCUUUUCACGCUUCAGCCAGGUCUUUUGAAUGAGCAAAUAAUAAGCGAAUUCGAGAAUGAAGGGGCGCGGUUGACAGAGUCCUUCUCAAGUUUAUUUGAGCUAUUUCUUCGAGUUGCAUCUGGAAGGAAAUUUCAACUGCUCUGUGUUUUGGAUGCAUUGGACGAAUGCCAAGAAGCUGAUCGUCGAGAACUAGUCGCAGCCUUGAGCAAAUUUUACAUGAAUCCACCCGAUCAAUUCGCGCUGAAAUUCAUCGUCACAUCACGGCCCUAUAUCCAGAUUGAGCGUGGAUUCAGACAGCUAGAGACCAGCUGGCCAACUAUUCACUUGCGCGGAGAAGACGAUUCACAGGCAACGAAAAUUGCUAGAGAGAUAGACAUCUUCACCAGGAGCCGAGUCCGUCAAAUCUCUGUAUCCCUAGGUCUCGGAGAAGAUGAGACAAAGUUUCUCGAGACCGAGGUGAUGAGAACAGAGAAUAGGACAUACCUUUGGGUGAAGCUAGCUUUGGACGUGGUCGAAAACAUUCUUUCAUUUACCAAAGACAAUGUAGAAGAGAUUCUUGGCAGCAUACCUGAGGGUCUCGAUCGACUGUACGAAAGAAUCCUCAACCGAAGUUACGACGUUGUUAUGGCACGCAAGCUUCUACAUAUUGUCAUCGCAGCCUCUGAGCCGAUGACACUAAAACAAAUGGCCAUGGCUUUGGCUGUAUCCGAAAAACAUCAGAAAUUGGGAGAUAUUCAACUGGAACCGCUGGACCGAUUCAAGGACACGCUGAGAGCCACGUGUGGAUUAUUUGUCACUGUCAUCGACGAUAAGAUAUACUUUAUUCACCAAACUGCGAAAGAGUUCCUGGUUCCGAACGACGCUGGGCAACAGAUCACGCAACCAAGGCGAAUGGAAGAUGGUUCAAAAGAACCUUUCCUUUGGAAAAAUACCUUUAAUUCUGUGGACUCGCAAUCCAUUCUGGCAGAAUCAUGCAUUCAGUACCUCAGGCUCUGGUAUGGUCCCGAUAAUCUGGAGAGGGCGAGGGAAGCGCCAGGACUGUCUUUCUACCCGUACGCCGCAUUAUACUGGCACGGGCACUUGCAAAACUCCAAUGCAAGCUUUAAAGUCAACUGCUCGGCUCUUGCAGAAAGCUUUUGCGAGGUUAUAUGCGACGACAGUUUCUCAUCCGGCCAGGAAUCAGGACUGUAUGGGUCAAAGCAUGAACGGUCCUGGUUUUCGUUUUGGCUGUUCACGUAUUUCGGGCGUCCGCUACCUGCCAAACCUACCCCUCUUAUCGUUGCCGCAUCGUGCGGCUUGGAGACAGUGGCAAAAAGUAUUUUAAACAGCCAGUGCCCUAUCCGGUGUGGACCUGAUGAAUGUCACCGAUCCCCGUUGUGGUGGGCAGCUAGAACGGGCCAAAAUGAGAUCGUUCGGCUUUUACUGUCAAGCAGGCCUGAAAUCAGAGCGACUGUCAACGAACUGCAAGAUAAUAAGACGCCUCUGAUGGUGGCCGCAUUCUAUGGGCAGUCCUCGACGGUACACACCUUGAUAAACAAUUGUGAAGUGCAGCUAUCCCUACACGACUCAAAUUCAAUGACAGCUCUACAUCACGCCCUGAAAGAACGCCACGAAGAAGUCGCGCAGAUGUUCUUGGACCGUGAGGAGAUCUUUUGCAACGCUACCGAUCACCAAUUAUGGAUGGCAUUCAAGUUUUCCAUACAGAAUGGAUACACACGCAUGUCUCUAACCAUAGCGAGGAGAUUGAAGCCUGAUUUCCUGAGAGCAUGUCGUCUAUCGCCAAUCUUAUUCACUGCCACGGAAUACCUUCCGGCCUCGAAUAGUGCCGAAUACCCCAAACUAGACUUGCUGAAGUCCAUUCAUGACAUCGGAAAUUCUGAUCCGUCAUUUGAAGACGAAAACCACAGGUCUGCGGUAUGGUGGACGUCGGAAUUGCCAGACAAUCUCGACGUUCUGAAGUGGCUUUUGUCAGAACUCAGUCUUGAGCCUGACGUUGCUGACAGAUGGGGACAAACGCCAUUUUUGCGUGUUGCUGCUAACAAUUCUGUGGCUAAGAUGAAAAUUUUGUUGGAGACCGGCAAUAUAAACAUCAACUCCCCAGAUCAUCAGAAUCGGACACCGCUCAUACAUGCAGUACUCACCACAGGGUACUCGGAUGAUCAGCAGAUGAGGGACGCUGUAUCGCUUUUGCUAUCUAACAACGCCAAUACCGACGUUCAGGAUACAGACGGACGCACCGCGCUUAUGCAUGCCUCUGAAGCGGGGUAUCAGGAUGUGGUCAAUCUUCUCAUUGACCAUGGCGCUUCGUUAGAUUUAAAGGACGACUUUGGCCAAACGGCCCUAAUGCUUGCCCGCGAGGUGAACAGAUAUAAUAUGGAUCCGGAUGACAUAGACUUUGAGACCCGUUGGGUAUCUAGCUCCCUCCAUAGUAACGAGGGGAGUGUUCACGCUCGCAUCGUUAACAGGUUGGUAAAGGCCGGGGCGGAGGAUGGCGGGAAGACACCAAAAGGAUAG